GUAUACUGACUUAACCUGGUAAGGGUCGGGGUUUUCUCCCUCAGGGUUUGCUGUUUUUAAGAAAUGUUUUUCCAGUGAGGGGUAAACAAAAUGCCAAAACAAGGGUAAGAAGUACUUAACUAUCCACUUUUGGGAUCCAGAUGGGCUUACAAAUCAGAACAUUCAACCUUGGAGGAGGAAAAAAAGCUAUUAACUAGGUCAACAGUUGCAAAACAAAACUUAAGUUUGAGAGUUGUACCAGGAGGCUUCAUUGUGGGUCUCUGAGCCUUUUGAAAUGAAAGGCUGAGUCCAUUCUCAGGUGAUGAAAAUGUACUAUCAGUAGCCAACUGAGGAGACCCUGGGUGGUGUAAAGGGUUAGUUAAUGUACUCGGCUGCUAACUGAAGGUUGAAGGUCCACCUAGAGGUGCCUCAGAAGGAAGCUGUGGUGAUCUUCUUCCAAAAAUUCAGCCACUGAAAACACUGUGGAUCACAGUUCUGCUCUGACACACACGGGGUUGCCAUGAGUCAGAGCUGACUGGACGGCAGUUGGUGAGUCAGCUGAAAGGCAGCAGCGUUGGUGGAAGAGCUUCCAUUUGCCUGAGAUGGGAAGAGAGACUGUGGUAAACCAAGGCCCAUGCCACUCUGAACUGUGGCAACCAUGGCGUCUCUCUUCCGUGUCACCAUGGAAUAGUCCCAUAAAGCAUGGAAAAACCUGGCGCCACGCCUGUGCGUGUCCAUCUGAGGAUGAUGGUCGCCAUAUUGUGCCACCAAGAUGGAGACGAGAACUUGUUGUUGAGGAGCUUCCUGAGCUGUGGCCCCCAAACAGCAUGCCAAAUGGUCGUCCGGGUACUGGAUGGACUGCUGGACUCUUGAAUCCCUUCCAUCUUGUGACCACCCUAGGAAGUUGUCCGUGGAGCUGAAAUAUCCAGUGCCAUCCUCUCUGACCUUACAUAAUUGAGGUUGAAUGCAUUCGUGGACUUGAUGCAUAAAAUUUGCGUGAGUUUUCACUCCUGUCGGGAUCCGUGUUUGGAUACAAGCCGUCAUGGCUCACACUUCGAACAUGAAUGGCCGUGCCUUAGGAAAAGCAGAUGAUGUCCUGAAUGGAGACCAUGGCAAGGAACAGAAAGACCCUUACUUUGUGGAGACCCCCUAUGGUUAUCAGCUAGACUUAGACUUCCUCAAAUAUGUGGACGACAUACAGAAGGGAAACACCAUCAAGAAACUGAACAUCCAGAAGAGACGCAAGCCAUCGGUGCCAUGCUCAGAGUCCAGGGCCACGCCUGGUCACCAAGGUGUGUGGACCUCCACCGAAUCCCUCUCCUCCUCCAACAGUGACGACAGCAAGCAGUGCCCCAGCUUUCUCCUGGCCAGAAGCCAAGUGACGUCAACUCCAAUCCCAAGGCCACCCGCUCCUCUGGAGACCUCUCCCACCUUCCUUACCAUCCCAGAAAGUCGACAGCUGCCACCUCCCUCACCCCAACUUCCAAAGCACAACCUUCAUGUCACCAAGACACUGAUGGAGACCCGGAGAAGACUCGAGCAGGAGAGAGUCACCAUGCAGGUGGCACCAGGGGAGUUCCGAAGGCCCAGGCUGGCCAGUUUUGGGGGCACGGGCUCCACAAGCUCCCUCCCCUCCUAUGUGGGUUCGGGAAAUUACAAUCCUGCCAUGCACCAGCUUCAGAAUGGGUUUCAAGGCAACGGGGAUUACAGCAGCUAUGCCCCAGCUGCCCCUGCUACCUCCUCCAUGGGAGGCUCCAUCCGCCACAGCCCACUGAGCUCGGGGGUCUCCACACCGGUGACCAACGUGAGCCCCAUGCACCUGCAGCACAUUCGGGAGCAGAUGGCCAUCGCCCUGAAACGCCUGAAGGAGCUGGAGGAGCAGGUGCGAACCAUCCCUGUGCUCCAGGUCAAGAUCUCCGUCUUGCAAGAGGAGAAAAGGCAGCUGGCCUCACAGCUGAAAAGCCAGAGGGCUGCACCCCAGAACGACGUCUGCGGUCUGCGGAAGCGAUCCUACAGUGCUGGGAAUGCCUCCCAGCUGGAGCAGCUCUCCCAGGCCCGGAGGAGCCGCGGGGAGCUGUACAUUGACUACGAGGAGGAAGAGAUGGAGAACAUGGAACAGAGCACACAAAGGCUGAAGGAGUUCCGGCAGCUCACGGCAGACAUGCAGGCCCUGGAGCAAAAGAUCCAGGACAGCAGCUAUGAGGCCUCCUCAGGGCUCCGGGAGAAUGGGGAGUGCCGGCCCCAAGAGAGGCGGUCUGUGGCCGUGGGUGCCGACGAGAACAUGGAGGACAUCGUUGUGUACCACAGGGGCUCGAGGUCCCAGAAGGAUGUGGCUGUCGGGACAGUCGCUGAGACGAGGAAUGCUGGGGUCAACGUGACAGAGGCCAUGCUGGGAAUUACCACGGAGGCUGACAAAGAAAUUGAACUGCAGCAGCAGACCAUAGACGCCUUAAAGGAGAAGAUCUACCGCCUGGAGGUGCAGCUCAAAGAAACCACCCACGACCGGGAAAUGACGAAACUGAAGCAAGAGCUGCAGGCCGCCGGGUCGAGGAAAAAAGUUGACAAAGCCAUGAUGGCCCAGCCUCUUGUCUUCAGCAAGAUGGUGGAGGCCGUGGUGCAGACGAGGGACCACAUGGCGGGCAGUCACGUGGACUUGGUGGACACUUGUGUCGGGACCGCUGUGCAAACACACAGCAUAGGCGUCUCCUGCCAGCCUGAUUGUAAGAGUACCAUCGUGGGGCCCGAGCUGCCCAUGAAUCAGUGGCUUGUUAAGGAGAGGGUGGAAGUGCGUGAUCAAUGUACCGGGAGGUCUGUGGAGACGUGUGACCAGAGUGUGGGUGUGGACAUCAGUGUCUGCGAGACAGGCAGCAACACAGAGGAGUCCGUGAACGACCUGACACUCCUCAAGAUGAACUUGAGCCUCAAAGACGUGCGGUCUAUCGGUUGUGGAGAUUGUUCUGUAGAUGUCACGGUCUGCUCACCGAAAGAGUGCACGUCCCGGAGUGUGAACACGGAGGCUGUUGGCCAGGUGGAAGCUGCCGUCAUGGUGGUGCCUCAUACUACAAGCCAGCACACCAGUACGGUUUUGGAACAGGUAGACCAGUUCACCAACACUGAGAUGGUCACCUUAGUAGAAUCCUGCACCAACACCGUCCUCAGCACUUCGGACAAGCAGACCGGCACCCAGACCGUGGAGAUGCGGACAGUGGCCAUAGGAGAAGGCCGUGUCAGGGACAUCAACUCCUCCCCCAAGACGCGGUCCAUUGGUGUUGGAACGUUGCUUUCCGGCAGUUCUGGGUUUGACAAGCCAUCAGCUGUGAAGACCAAAGAUUCAGGGGUGGGGCAGGUAAAUAUUAACGACAACUAUCUGGUUGGUCUCAGAAUGAGGAGCAUAGCUUGUGGGCCCCCCCAGUUGACCGCGGGGCUGGCGGGCAGCAGGAGGAGCGUUGGCGUUGGGGAUGAGCCUGUAGGGGAGUUGAGGGAGAACCCCCAGCCCCGGUCUCCCUCAGGAAUGGUGGCUGGCUUGGACCACUACAUCGAGCAAGUCCAGAAGCUGCUGGCCGAACAGCAGACACUGCUGGCUGAGAACUACAGUGAGCUGGCAGAAGCUUUUGGGGAGCCGCACUCACAGAUUGGUUCCCUCAACUCACAGCUCAUCAGCACCCUAUCGUCCAUCAAUUCCGUCAUGAAGUCGGCAAGUACCGAAGAGCUGAGGAGCUCUGGCUUCCAGAAGACCAGCCUGGGUAAAACCACAGGAAGUAACCUGCAGCAUGCCUGUAAGUGUGGAGCCCUACAGCCUGGAAUGCCAUUGAGGAACCAGAUGUCCCUGCCUGAGCAAGAGGUCGGGGCCACAGAAGGAAAGCCCAUGGGCGGCAAGGACGCUUUACCCCCUCAGGAGAGUACACUGUCUUCAGUGAACCUGACAGACGACCAGAUUGCUGCUGGUCUCUACGCAUAUGCAAAUAACGAAAGCACGCUGAAGUCCAUCAUGAAGAAGAAAGACGGAAACAGAGAUUCAAAUGGCGCGAAAAAGAACCUCCAGUUUGUCGGCAUUAAUGGAGGGUAUGAGACCACUUCCAGCGAUGAUUCCAGCUCAGACGAAAGCUCUUCCUCCGAGUCAGAUGACGAAGGUGAUGUCAUUGAGUGCCCUCCUGAGGAAGAGGAGGACGAGGAGGACGAAGAUUCACAGGCAAUGGCGGAAGGGCACCAGGCCGUUAAUGUUGAAGGUUUCAACUCCGCCAGGGUGGAAGCUGAAAUGCAGGUUCAAGAAUGUGAACCUGAGAAGGUGGAAAUCAGAGAGAGGUACGAAUUAAGUGAAAAGAUGUUGUCUGCGUGCAACUUACUGAAAAAUAAUAUAAAUGACCCCAAAACUUUGACCAGCAAAGAUAUGCGGUUCUGUCUGAACACCCUUCAGCACGAGUGGUUCCGUGUGUCCAGUCAGAAGUCGGCUGUGCCGGCCAUGGUGGGGGACUACAUCGCUGCCUUCGAGGCCAUCUCCCCGGACGUCCUGCGCCACGUCAUCAACAUGGCCGACGGCAAUGGCAACACAGCCCUGCACUACAGCGUGUCCCACUCCAACUUCGAGAUAGUGAAGCUGCUUCUGGACGCGGACGUGUGUAACGUGGACCACCAGAACAAGGCGGGCUAUACCCCCAUCAUGCUUGCAGCCCUGGCCGCCGUGGAGGCCGAGAAGGACAUGAGAGUCGUGGAAGAACUCUUUGCCUGCGGGGACGUGAAUGCCAAAGCCAGCCAGGCGGGGCAGACGGCCCUCAUGCUGGCGGUCAGUCACGGCCGCAUAGACAUGGUGAAAGGCCUGCUGGCCUGCGGGGCCGACGUCAACGUCCAGGACGACGAGGGCUCCACAGCCCUGAUGUGCGCCAGCGAGCACGGACACGUGGAGAUUGUGAAGCUGCUGCUGGCCCAGCCCGGCUGCAACGGCCACCUGGAGGACAACGAUGGCAGCACAGCGCUCUCUAUAGCCCUGGAGGCAGGACACAAGGACAUCGCUGUUCUCCUCUACGCCCACGUCAACUUUGCAAAAGCCCAGUCUCCGGGCACCCCUAGGCUUGGAAGGAAGACGUCUCCUGGACCCACCCACCGAGGCUCCUUUGAUUGAUAAUGUACACAAAGCCCUCCACAGACGUGCCACCAGGAAGCUGCUAAGUGCUCCCGUUUGUGGUGACAGAUGCUGAAUGUAUACAUCUCGGGCCUGAGCUCACCAGCAGACGGAACACACUAAGCCAAGGGCUGAAGGAGAAGCUUUCCAGGUGGAAGCGGCCACAGAAGAUGGCCAAGCAGGGCACGCACCGCCGCCUUCUGGCCAGCUUCCUUCCGUCUGUGCAGGACACACUUUAACCCGCGUCUGUUGCGGGUCAGGUCUCUGCUCCAUCAUGUACAGUAGUAGGGAACGGUAACCUGACGGGAGCGGGCAGCUGGGAUACCCCCUCCACCCGCGAGCAGUGAUGGGCUUACACUGCCAUCGGGAUAGUCACGUUUCCACAAAUAUUUAUACUUACUGAAUGUGGGGCCAUUGGAAAACUCUUCCAAAACUCCAUUCCAGGAGGAUUCUUCUUUUAUCUUGAUAUUUUAGAGUAAGAAAGUUGACAUGACUUUUAUCAUUAGCAACUUGGGCCCAGGCUGGUGGGUUUGUGGGUUAAAAGAGAAGCUGGAACUCUCAAAAAGUAUAAACUCUCCAAAGGAGCUCUCAGCGGUUGGUGUUUUCUCUAGGUGGAUGUACGCUAUGACUUUUUAUAUAAGAGGUAUCUAUAUAAAGUUGACACAGUAUUUUCAACUUUUAUAUUCCCUAGUAACUAAAGACGUGAAGAGCUACAUGUAACACGACCGUAUUUUUAUGAAUAAUUGCACAACCCCACCUGUGUCCAGUGAUAAAGGUUGAAUGGGGCUGGAGGAAGCGGCUCUGCAUUUGCCUCUAGGGAAGCUUGGUGUAGCUCUCUGUAUUUAUGGAUUCCUUUCUACCCUGUCACAUAUACUUUGAUCCUAUAUGUAUUUAAAUGUUUGAAGUGCCUUAGACUCUUGCCAUAUUUUCAAAAUAAAAUUUCAUUAAGCUGUU